CCCAGCUGCUCCUAUCGCUCGGUUCAGUAAAGCGUCUGAGAAGAAGAGUCGGCCUGUGGCCUUAGCACCGUUCAGUCAGUUUAACAUCAGAUUGACUAACUUAUUGUUGUAUUUAUCAAAAAUAGGCGUCUUGGAGGAGUAUCUGUUCAUCGUGAAUGGCUCAUAUCGUUUUUGCUGCUCCACCGUGGACACCGAAGAAGAAAUUUCACCCUUAUAUUAACGUUAUCGCUUAUUGUCAAACUCCAUUUUCCUCUCAGACGAGUCAAAUGAUUUCAGUCUAACAAAGAAGCUUCUGUAGGACACUCAAAGUUUCAAACAGGACGGCGUGCUGAGACGUAAUCAUGGCGGUGUUCAGCUCCCAGGUGCUGCUCGCAGUCACAAGAUCAAGAGGCUCGUACUUGCUUUCCAAACGGCAUGGCUGUUCUCCUCUCUCCUCUCCCUCUUCCUGUAUCCGUUACCACAUCGCCACGUUGGAGCUCUCGUCCCGCAGUGCUCCCAGACCCCUCUACCUUCACAUCUCCCACGCCACCAACCCACAGACCUUCUGCGUCCCCGCUCGGACCCUUCACUCCUCCUGCACCUGGCUGCAGGAAGUGAAGAACACCCCCGCUGAAGGUGAACAGAGGAAGGAGGACGUCGUUCCCGAGCCCACCAAAGCCGUGGCUCGUAAAUCCGUGGGUCAGAGAGUGCUGGAUGAGCUGAAGCAUUACUACCACGGCUUCCGGCUGCUGGGAAUCGAUACGAAGAUCGCCGGGCGCAUGGUGUGGAGGCUGCUGCAUGGACAACAGCUCACCCGCAGGGAGAGGAGGCGGCUGAUGAGGACGUGUGCAGAUUUGUUCCGUCUUGUCCCUUUCAUGGUGUUCAUCAUUGUCCCCUUCAUGGAGUUCCUGCUUCCGGUUUUCCUCAAGCUCUUCCCUGAAAUGCUUCCCUCUACUUUCGAGACAGAAUCGAAGAAGGUGGAGAAGCAGAAGAAGGGACUGGCAGCUAAACUAGAGCUGGCGAAGUUCCUGCAGGAGACUAUUGCCGAGAUGGCCCGCAGAAACAAAGCGGCUGUGGGAGGAGACGAGACGCAGAAAUUUUCCACUUAUCUACAGCAGGUGAGACACACUGGUGAGCAGCCCAGCACGAAAGACCUCGUGAAAUUCUCCAAGCUGUUCGAGGAUGAACUGACACUGGAGCAUUUGGAGCGCCCGCAGCUUGUGGCUCUGUGUAAACUGCUGGAGCUGAAGGCCAUCGGCACCAACAACCUGCUGCGCUUUCAGCUCAUGAUGCAGCUGCGCACUAUCAAAGCUGACGACGAGAUGAUCUCUAAGGAAGGUGUCUCAGCGAUGACUGUAGCAGAGCUUCAGGCUGCGUGUAGAAGUCGAGGGAUGCGAUCUCUCGGCCUCACUACAGAUCAGCUACGAGAGCAACUGCAACAGUGGUUGGAUCUGCACUUGAAGGAAAACGUUCCUCCAUCUUUGCUGCUGCUUUCCAGAGCCAUGUACCUGACGGACCUCAAACCUAAAGUUCCUGUUAUUCCUCCUGUGCCCAAACUGGAGAAAUCUCCUGUUGAGAGUGAAGCUGCAGCGACGUCCCGUUCCUCUCCUGUGGAAAUACUGAUUGACUCCGCCCCCGUCAUCAAGGACAGGAAGGUGGAGGAAUUAGCGGACAAGCAGUGUGAUUUGGACAUGCCAUCACCAGAGGCUCAGUUAAUCCAUGCUAAAGGUGCAGAAAUGGCGCAGAAAUCCAAGAUGAGUUCUAAUGGACUUUGACUGGCUUCCCCAGGAAAAUUCUCAUUGUUCUCUUCCUCUUUGUGCCCUCAUGGCUGGUGUGGUGGCACACUCACUUGCUGUUGCUCUACUACACACACACACACACACACACACACACACACACACACACACUCCAGGAUCCCAGCGCUGAACUCCAAUGUGUCGGUGCCCUCCUCCUGCGUGCCAUAGCCUUUUUUUUUUUUUUCUUUUCUCGUGUUUAAUAGAUGAACAGAAUGUGAGCCGAGCUGAGAGUCCGACAGAGAUGCUUAUGAACGUACAGCUAGAGAAUAAUUUCCGUUCUUAUCAUGUACAUUUGUAAAUAACAUGUAAAAUAUUACUGGCACAUUAUUAUUAUUAUUAAGAUGACGACACUUCUUUUUGGACACGUGGCUGUGCCAUCUUUAACCUGUACAGCUGAGAAUCAGUCAUGCUGUUUAUUUUUAUUUUGCAUCCUGGAACGCAGGCAGGUCGCGUUUUGUUUCCUUUCUGGACGGGAUGGCAAGUUGACCCAAGUUGUAUUGAAUCCUCAGGCAUUAGAGGACAAAAUAAAUCAGCUUUCAGCCAUGCACUCCACUUUUCAGACCCGUUUGUGUGUUCGCAGCAUUAAUUAGUGCGAUUUAUAAAGGUUUUUUUUUUUUUGUAACGGAAACUAAGCAGUUGCACUUUGCAGAAUGUAAAGUCUGAUCAGUGUUUUGUAUUUUAACUGAAUUAUAUGGAUGUAAAAAUUUGUAGAUACUUUAAAGCCCUAAUCAGGAGUCUUGCAAGAAGAAAUGUAGCAAUUUUUUUUCUUGUUGUUUUGGUUUUCAGAUAAGGAAAUACUUCAAGUAUUUCAACAAUACUUAAACCUACAACAAAAAUUUAAUCUUUCUAGCACAAAAAAAAAGGCAGCAGCUCUGAAUCACUGUGCAAUCUAUUUUAUAUACUGUAUAUAUUAGUUUGCGUUUUUGUUUAAAAUAUUUACAGUAUGUAAAUUGUAAAGGAUGCCAUAGAAUCCAUAAAAAUAUCUGAAAAACUUCUCUAACAUCAGGAUUAAAAAAGUGAUGAUGCAGGUAUUGAAGGAUUAUAUUUGGAAAUGAGAAUCUAUAUACUUGUAGGCCAUCGAACUGAACGGAGAAUCUUUCCAGAAAGCUGAGACCGAGGCCGAACGUCUACUCGCAAACUAACAAGUUGCUUUUGAUUCGUCCGUAUGAUCCAAGACCUUUCUGCGACGUAUUCGAGCUGGACUUCUCAGACAAUUUGUAGUCAGGGAAAUUAAAAUAAACUCCAUUCCCUCAGCACAGAUCCAUUUUAUGAACAUAAUACUACAUUCAUGAUUUAAACAUGUACGUUAAUAUUUUUACCAGCAAUCCCACAUUGGUUAUAACCGACACAGCCGCCUUCAGCACCUCAUCUUUCAUCGUUUUAUCGAGUGAUUACAUAUUUAUGCUCUUGACUGCGGUUUGUGCCUUAACAUGAAAUUGAGACCUAGCUAGAGAUGAUUGUGAAACACCGUAACGUGGGCGUUACUCGUCUUUUGAUUCCUUGUUGGGGCUUUAAAGACAGACGUGUUACUGGAGAAAUAUGUACGACGAUGUUCUUCAUGAACGCCCUGCUCCCUGUGUGAUAACAUAACUGCACUUAACGUGGCUAAGCGGACUAAACGAUGGCUUAUUGGAAAUUAUUGAAACACAGCCUUGCUUUAUGAUUUUUUUUUUGUUUGUUUGUUUGUUUGUUUUGUUCAGUUCACUGGAAACGCAGAGCCUCGUUUCCAGUGCGUUUUGAUGGUUUCGGACUUUACAAGGCUAAAAGUCCUACAGAAUGUGGUGUAACACAUUGUAUGAUCCCAAACGAAGGUGUUGGAACAUUUCUAGAUCAGUUAGACUGUACUGUGCUGGAUGUUGAAUAAAACAAGCCAGCUGAUUGGUCCUGGUGGGCGUGGCCUAAUAAUUCUAACCGGACCUGAUUAGCAGGUGUCUGUCUGAGACUCCUGGUGUAUCUCCUGUGUCUUGGUUUGAUGAGUGUGCCAGUGUAAUGAGUGACAUCUGAUGAGGAGGUGGAAUGUAUAUGAGACUAGCCCCGCCCACUUUAUAAUGAAAGGGGAGAAACUGUGCUAAACUUUGUAAAUAUUGGAGUCUCUGGACGUUCCAACUAACAUCAUGGAAAGUACUUGAGUCAGAUUGUGUGUGUCCCCCCCCCUCCCCCCCCCUUUUGAGUGACCUUUAUAACUCGGUGCCUUUCUUUUGGCGCUUUUUUUUUUUUUUUUAAAUGUAAUAAUACUGUGUUCAGGAAAUUUAAGGUGCUCAUGACCUGCCUUGUGUUUUUUAAAGUUUUAACCACCUCGCCAACUUCCCCAUCAUGAAGUGUGCGUCUGAUGUGUCCCACAAGUGUAGUGUGGAACACGAGGCAGAUUUUUCACUCUGGUUCCCUCAUUAGCAUACUAAUUAACUAUCGGAUUAAUCCACUAAGGAGAAGUUGGCUAUGGUGUUCAAGUCUUGAAAGACAGAAUGGGAAAUAAAUCAUGAUUUAACAAUGUAA